AAAGUGCGAUUAACUGUACAUCGUCAUGGGCCCAGCGGUCGUUCAACACGCCUCCGAAGCCGAGCAGUUGCAGAGCCGCUGCCUCUCGCUGCAGGCCCAGAUCGCAACCUCCUUCCCGCCCUUCAAGCUCUCAAACCCAGCUAAACUUACCCUCCUCCGUCUCGUUCGAGCAGAGCUCCGCUUCCUCCACCGACUCCCUUUCCCCUCUACUCCCAUCACCUCAAACAUCGGCUACUUCGAGUCCAUUGUCCGCGUCCUUCUCCAUCCCGCAGUCCGCAACGCCUCCCGCCUCUGCAAGCCUGUUCCAUCUAAUUCGGCACACGUCGACAUCGUCUGCACCUUCGGCUCCUCCCCCGCCUGGUUCCUCGUCUCACACCGCAACCCUAUUCGCAUCUCCUGGAGCGGAAGUCUCCGCUCCCGCGCCGAGCGCACCCUGCUCGCCGCGCGGUCUGCCUCAGUUACUCUCAAGCCGACCUAUCUCUUUCUCGUAUUCUCCCGCGGGCUCCCCGAUGACGCGGCGUCGGCGAUCGCCGGCCAUCUGGGUGCCGUCGAGAUCGAUGCGCAUGCGGAAUGUAUCGUGUUCGAAGAUUUGGAGGAUGGAUGGGUUGGGGUGGAAUCAUGGGGAAUGGAGGGAUCGCGCUGGUUUAGGAUCCAGAUCGAAGGGGAUGAUCUUGAACGUUUUAAUGAAGUUUCUGGUUUUGCGAGUGUGGGUGAGGGGGAUGAAGUGGAUCGGGGAAAGGAUGCGUUCGGGGAGUUGAUGUCGUGCUUGAGGCCGGGAGGGGUGGCUUCGGUGGAUUUGAUAAAUUUUGAUACGACUGCGCUGAUUGCUAUGGUGUCGGGAAUAAGUAAUGGUGCUGCGGAGAGGCUGCUCGGAGCGCCUGAGGUUGACUUGAGACGGCGGUUUAAGGGAAACUAUAAAUUUGUCAUAGAGCAGGCAACUUCUGAACUAGACCAACCAAUUCUGCUUGCACUCAAAGUUGUCCUAGAAGGGAAGAAAGGCAUUAUUUGUGAGAGAGUUCGAUCAGAGUUUAAGGAGCUCAUGUUCAUGUGUGGAGGAGCUAAUGAGAAGUUUAGAGCAGAUCAAUUGUUAAAGCAUCUUUUGGUUGUCCCAGACAGUCCUUCGGCGCGCAUUUCUGCUCUUCCAACAACAAGAAAGAUUGCAGAAAAGAACAAGGUCAUAUUUGGCACUGGGGAUCACUAUCGUGCCCCAACAUUAACUGCAAAUAUGGGUUUUGUCAGAGCCAUUUCCCAAACUGGCAUGUCAUUAUUAACCAUUGAACAUAGGCCUCGGGCACUGACGGUUUGUGGAUUUGCAGAACUCAUCAGAGCCGGUUCAGGUGGGUGAAACUGAUCAGAAAUUUAUAAAAAUCUGAUUUCUUAAAAGGAGACAUGAAAACAGACAUGAGAAUCAAAAGCAAAACCUCCAUGAUAGGGGGCCCCAUGGGCAAAUUAUUGCAUCCGGUCACCGGAUGCGGAAAAUAGGUUUGGAUAAGUUUCACCCACGUCACCUGCGCUUUUGACUUGGGCUUUAGUUGCGCUUUGACUGCGCUUUACCUGCACUUUACUUGCGCUUUUGACGCGCUUAAUUUAAAAUAAUAUUUUAUUAAUAUCCUGAUCUAUCUCCGCGUCCCGUGCCGGAUGCAAUAAUUUGCCCCAUGAUAAGGGGGUGGUCCUGUGAUUCAAAUUCACUCUGUGGCCCUAUUCAUGAGAAUUGUUUGGGCAGUUUCGAUCAUGCAUCGCCUAACUUCUCUCUCCUUUUGUAUUUUCUUUUUCUUCUCUCUAUCUUCUCCCUAUACCUGUACUGCAAUUUUGGCACUAAUAAAGCUUUCUUCCUCCUUUUUUUCA